AGUCACUUUGCAUGAGGAAUGAUUCCAGGUGCCUGUCAACCUCUUGCCAAAAGAACUCUACAUGCGUUGCUGGUCGUAAAGACGAUACUUGCCAUUGUGCAGACAUAUCAGAGGACAGCGUGGAGGAACUCUGCAAUAAAACCUCUGAUCCUUGCUCCUCAAACCCUUGUCUUCAAAACGCUACCUGUUUAAGCUCUGCUGGAAACCUCAGCUUUACUUGCGAGUGCCCUGCUGGGUAUAAUGGACCUACCUGUGAAACAGCCGUCAGCAUGUGUGACACAAACCCUUGUGAACAUGGAGGCACCUGCCAAAAUGGCCUGGCUGGGCCCACCUGCCUUUGUAGUGCAGGAUACACUGGUACACUCUGUGAAAUGGAUUUUGAUGAAUGCAUUUCUGAACCGUGCCACAAUGGAGCAGUAUGCAGGGAUGGGGUUGAUGAAUACUCCUGCUACUGCGUCCCAGGCUACCAAGGCAAGCACUGUGACCUGGAAGUGAAUGAAUGUGUGUCAGAUCCGUGCCUGAAUGGGGCAACGUGUCUCAACCAGAUAGGACAGUAUGACUGCAUCUGUCCACUCGGGUACACAGGUACAAACUGUGAGCUGGAAAUAGAUGAGUGCUCAUCACAGCCGUGCCUGAACGGCGCAACCUGCCGGGAUUCCCUGGGGAGCUUCGCCUGCUCCUGCGCGCCGGGCUUCCUUGGAGACCUCUGCGAAACCAACAUCGAUGAGUGUGUCAGCUGGCCGUGCCUCAACGGGGGACAGUGCACAGACGAUGCCAAUGGGUACAGCUGCAACUGUACCGGUACUGGAUUUAUGGGCGUACACUGUGAGACCCUAACUCCCUUAUGUUGGUCACAACCAUGCUACAAUAACGGCACUUGUGAGGACAGCGCUGACAAUUACACGUGCCACUGUUGGCCAGGCUACGCGGGUUCCCGCUGCGAGGAGGACAUCGGGGAGUGCAGCAGCAGCCCCUGCCUCCCCGGGGGUGACUGCGUGGAGCGCUUUUUUUUCGUCCCAGGCCUGCCGCCGGCCUUCAGCUACGACAAGGCCGAGGGCUACAUCUGUAGCUGUAAGCCCGGCUUUACCG